CGCAUGACGGUAAUGUAGGAAUCUGUCCGUUAUAUUGAGUGAAUCACCAAGUGUCAUUUAAUUAUCAAAUAAAUCGCCCAAAAAAACACCUCCUAUCAGUUUGUCGUGCUUUAAUCACCACCACAAGACGUAAAAAUGGCCUUGAAAGCCCAAGUUGGAUUAAAAAUAAUGAACGAAGUGGUGAAACUAAAAGAGAAAAAGAAGAACGGUCCAGGACAAACGCAUGCAAUCGAAUGGAGGGUGCUUGUGGUGGAUCAGUUGGCUAUGAGGAUGGUGUCGGCUUGUUGCAAAAUGCAUGAUAUUUCAGCUGAGGGGAUAACACUCGUCGAAGAUAUUCACAAGAAACGCGAACCGUUGGCGUCAAUGGAAGCCGUUUAUUUGAUAACACCGUCAGAAAAGUCGGUUCAUUCACUUAUGGCGGAUUUUGAGGGACCCCGUCCGAUGUACAGGGGGGCUCAUGUUUUUUUCACCGAAGCGUGUCCCGAUACGUUAUUUAGCGAAUUGGCGCGGCACAGGGUUGCCAAAUUUAUCAAAACUUUAAAAGAGAUAAAUGUGGCGUUUAUUCCGUUUGAACAACAGGUAUUUUCAUUGGAUUCUCCUGACACUUUUCAAUGUUUUUACGAUCCGAGCUUUGCCGCCGCUCGAAAUGCCAAUAUGGAACGAAUGGCUGAACAAAUUGCAACGUUGUGUGCAACUCUUGGCGAAUAUCCAUCCGUUAGAUAUCGCAGUGAUUGGGAGCGCAAUGUCGAGCUGGCACAGCUCAUCCAGCAAAAGUUGGACGCUUACAAAGCCGACGAGCCGACAAUGGGCGAAGGCCCUGAAAAAGCCCGAUCCCAACUUUUAAUCCUCGAUCGUGGUUUCGAUUGUUUUUCGCCGCUUCUGCACGAAUUAACAUUUCAAGCGAUGGCUUACGACCUGCUUCCGAUCGAAAACGACGUCUACAAAUAUGAGGCGUCACAAGGUGUGGUAAAAGAAGUCCUAUUGGACGAAAACGACGAAUUGUGGGUGGAGCUACGCCACCAACACAUCGCAGUCGUCUCGCAAAGCGUCACCAAAAACCUGAAGAAGUUCACCGAUUCGAAACGUAUGACACAGAGUGAUAAACAAUCGAUGAAAGAUUUGUCCCAAAUGAUUAAAAAAAUGCCACAAUACCAAAAAGAACUGUCAAAAUAUGCCACACACUUACAUUUGGCCGAAGAUUGUAUGAAAGCUUACCAAGGCUAUGUUGAUAAAUUAUGCAAAGUUGAGCAAGAUCUAGCGAUGGGAACCGACGCCGAAGGCGAAAAAAUCAAAGAUCACAUGCGAAACAUUGUUCCAAUCCUACUCGAUCCGAAAAUUACAAAUGAAUACGAUAAAAUGCGCAUUAUCGCACUAUACGCAAUGACAAAAAAUGGAAUCACUGAAGAAAACUUAUCCAAGUUGGCCACGCACGCCCAAAUCAAGGACAAACAAACUAUUGCCAAUUUACAACUCUUGGGUGUGAACGUCAUCAGUGAUGGUGGUAACCGUAAAAAACCGUACACGGUGCCGCGUAAAGAACGCAUAACUGAACAGACGUAUCAAAUGUCAAGAUGGACGCCCAUUAUCAAGGACAUAAUGGAGGAUUGCAUUGAGGAUAAACUCGAUCAUAAGCAUUUUCCGUUUUUGGCAGGUCGUGCACAGGCUAGUGCUUAUCAUGCACCCACCAGUGCCCGCUAUGGCCAUUGGCACAAAGACAAAACCCAGCAAACUGUGAAAAAUGUACCACGCCUGCUAGUUUUCAUCGUAGGCGGUAUGUGUUUCUCUGAAAUGAGGUGUGCAUAUGAAGUGACAAAUGCAGUAAAAAAUUGGGAGGUUAUACUCGGAUCCUCACAUAUUCUCACACCUGAAGGUUUUAUGAGCGAUUUGGCAACGUUGACUGGCUAGAAUUCAAAGAGAGUCACUUUUAACAUACCCCCCGAUAUAUGAUAUAUCGCUUAUUAUGUCAUGUGGUGUUUUGAAUGUUAUUGUGUUUUUUCCGUUUAGAUCUAGGGAUUUUCGUGCUUGUUAAGUUUGAAUGUGUUAUCGCACUAAGAGAUUUUAACAUGUUUUUUCUCUCCAUUCUAUGCAUGAUCUCGAACAAAUGGGACGAUUGAUGUUUUAGGUUAGAAAUUUAGGAUUUGGAAAUAAAGGCUGUACUUUAAAAAAAAACAAACGGCUUAAGUCAUUUUUCUCGCUUCCAGAUUGGAUACCAAAUAAGCAAUACGUUUUUUUCAAAUCAGGUUAUCGUAGGUUAGAGCAUUGUUAAUAAAAAAUGAUAUAUUAAAAAAUUAGUGACAAUAUUAUUGUUUUUCUUUUAUUAUUCGGAGCCGAUUUAUUGUAAUUACACUAAAAAAUCUAAUGUCAAUUUAAAUAAAUAUAGCAAUUUGA